AUGAGCACUGCUAAGCAAGGAUCAACAUUUUGGUUGAGCAUAACUGGUCUCCUCUGCUCCAUCUUCUUUCUAGCCGGCCAAUACUAUGCUAGCGGCCCAACAUCUGCAUCUACACCAUUCCUCGACUUCGUUAAAGCUCGCCGCACAUACUAUGCUUUGACCGACACACUCCCAUUUGGAAAGGAAACGGUUGUUGAAAUUGUUCAGGACUUAGUCCAAGAUGUGCCCAGCGCCUUCAACUCUCAGUCCAAUCGUGUCGUGAUCCUCUUUGACCAAGAGCAUGGCAAGUUCUGGGAUACUGUCAGCCGCACUCUGAAGAACGUCGUAGCUGAGGAUCAAUGGGAAUCAACACGCGACCGUAUCGCCACGUUCAAGGAUGCUGCAGGAUCAGUCCUCUUUUUCGUAGAUGAAGCAGUAGUUCAGGAACUUGCCGCCAACAUUCCUGCAUAUGCAGAUGAAUUCCCAAUUUGGGCUACCGAGUCAGGUGGCAUGUUGCAACAUUCUGCCUGGACAGCCCUAGAGGCAAAGGGCCUUGGUGCCAACCUCCAGCAUUACAACCUCGUCAAUGCCGAGAUCGCCAAGACGUGGGGACUUCCUGCUACCUGGCGGCUCAAAUCUCAACUCGUCUUUGGUGGACGAGCGGGUGAGCCAGGUGAGAAGACUUUCAAACCACUGAGCGAGAAACUCAAGGUAUUUGGCGCAUAG